UUCUCCGUGAUGAUUUUCGAUCUAAUCCAAAAGACGUGCAAGUAGCCAGAGGAGACUCAGCAACUCUAGAGUGUACGCCACCUCGCGGCCACCCUGACCCUACAGUCACCUGGGAAAAAAAUGGCCGUCCUCUCGAUGAUGAAGCUGGUCGCGUUCGUUUAAUAGGCCCUGGAAAUCUACUGAUUGAAGACAUACGAGAGGAUGAUGAGGGACAGUAUACGUGCGUUGCACAGAAUACAGUAAGCGUUCGCAAGUCUUCGACAGCCAUCUUAACUGUCCGUGCUCAGAUUCAAGAAGAUAGAAGUCUGAAAAUUUCACAUGUCAGAACUGAGGAUGAAGGACUUUACAUCUGCGAAGCCGAGAAUACAUUUGGCAUAGCAUCAGCAUCAGCAACUCUAACUGUUCAUUCUCGACCAUCUUUUGCUGUGAGACCGAAAAAUCAACGAGUUGGCCUAAAUGGAAUUGCCAAGUUUGAGUGUGUGGCCACUGGAAAUCCGCCCCCUUCUGUAUUUUGGACAAAGGAAGGUAACCAGGCGCUUAUGUUUCCGGGCAACUCAUAUGGUCGAUUUUCAGUUACAUCACAAGGAACUCUUAUAAUUUCUGGUGUCAUCAAAGAAGACAAGGGCUAUUAUGUAUGCUCGGCUUUAUCUGUGGUAGAGUCAACAAUGACAAAGGCUCACCUGGAUGUCACUGCUGUAGCAGAUCUACCUCCUCCAAUUAUUCGGUUGGGAUCUGCUAACCAAACCCUACCCCAGAAUACCAUGGCCAUGUUGCCAUGUGAAGCUGAAGGAGUUCCAUCUCCUGCUAUCCAGUGGUUUUUUAAGUCAGCUGCUGUUGACAUUAAUAAUCCAAGGUUUUCUGUUCUAGACAGUGGGACUCUACAGAUUGAUGACCUACAACCACUCGACUCUGGGAUGUACACAUGUACUGCUUCCAGUGAAAGUGGAGAGACAUCUUGGAGUGCCUCUUUGUCUGUUGAAUCCCCUCUGAACCCAAAUGCCAUUUUCCAUCGAAUGUUUGACCCAUCAACCUUCCCUGGUCCUCCUGGCAAACCAACUGCUAUCAAUGUAACAGAGACGGCAGUCACGCUGAGAUGGCAACGGAGCUCAAAACUUGGUGAAUCACCCCUGAUUGGUUAUACAGUUGAAUACUACAGUAGUGACUUGCAAAGUGGCUGGAUGGUUGCAGCACAUCGUGUGAAAGGGGAAACCUUUGUUGUGAACAACCUCAGGCCAGAUUCUCGUUAUGUUUUCUUAGUGCGGGCGGAGAAUUCCCAUGGGUUAAGUGUCCCGAGUGAGGUUUCUGAUGUUGUGCGCACUCUUGUGGCAUCAGGAUUUCUAAAUGUAGUUUUAAAAUGCUUUAAUGAUAUAAAUUGUGACACAAGUUCUGUCUAUAGAUUCAGGAUUCAGGGUAAUCUGAGGUAUGUUGAAGGCUUCUACAUUCGAUUUCGUGACACUAGUGGUGGAUCACAAAAAUACAACAUGGUCACAGUUUUGAAUGGUGCUGCAACCUCUUAUGUACUGACUGACCUGAGAAAAUUCACCAAGUAUGAAUUUUUUCUUGUUCCAUUCUACAAGAGCGUAGAAGGCCCACCAAGUAACUCCCAUAGUGCCCAAACUCUAGAGGAUGUACCUUCAGCACCACCAGACAAUCUUCAUGUACAAUUGAAAAACCUAACAGUUGCUGAAAUAUCCUGGUCUUCCCCUCCUCCUCAACACAGGAAUGGAAUUUUGCAAGGUUAUAAUAUUCAUAUCCUAAAAAAUACCUCUCAAAUUCAUUCAAAUAUCAGCACCAAUGCCACCACAACCUUUAUUACUGUGCAUAAUCUCACAGCUGGUCAUAAGUACAAAGUUAAAGCAGUGGCCUUUACAUCUGUUGGAAUUGGACCCUUCACUGCACCGGUGAAACUAGUUACGGACUCAAACUACCUGAGUAAUGAACCUGAUAAUGGUCCAGCAUCCACAUCUAUUACUACUUCUAUUCAUGAUACCCUGCAACAGCCCUGGUUCAUAGCUCUUAUUGGUGGCCUCUUGUGUCUGUUAUUAUCGAUCUUCUUCAUUGUCCUCUUCUUGUGUCGACGCAUGGCCUGGAAGAAAGCUUUAGAAGCUCACCUUCCUGUUGCUGUCCAUAAAACUGAAGAUGUGAGGGCUGGGGUCAGCAACCAUGAGGCUUUGUGGAUUAAUCACACUUGGAAUCCUUCUGAUGGCAAAACUGAACAAAGCAUUAGUGAAUCUAAACUACUAAAGAGAGAAAACUCAGCAAAUGAUCUCAACUAUGCCAGUACCUACUGUCCACUUCAGUAUGAAGUCAAUGGUCCUGACUAUGCUGAAGUUGAUUCUCAUAAUAUGACAACAUUCUAUAAGAGAGGAACGUCUUCUGUUCCUGCUCCUUAUGCAACAACAAUGUUGAUUAACCCCUCACCAUACAAAAGUCAUGCUGAUCACUUUAUGGAGCAGGGAAGUCAAGCAAGUGAGUCAGGAAGCUAUACAAAAGAUGAACAUGGAGUGCCAAUGAAGAAAAAAAGGCUUAAAGCAGUGCGAGCUAACCCUAAUGUUCCUACUGUAAACUGGGCAGAUCUUAUUCCACCACCCCCUGAUUGCCCACCUAGUGAAGGAACCUCAUCUGCUGGAAUCUCCUCCAUGCAUAAGGGACCAUUUGUUAAGUCACAGGUUUCAGGCUAUUCUCUGAUUCCUGGCUGGCCUUUUUAUAACCCCAGGAUCUUCCAGUCCACAAGUGAAAGUCAACAAAGUGUUCCUUCUAUGAGGGGAACUCCCCCUUGCAUUGGUUCUAAUUCCAUAGAUCAUAUAGUGAAACCAUCAAUUAAGAUGGGUGUUUGUAUCCCUGGUUUUCCUUCUUCACACGAGAGAACCAGUCCUGCCCCAUCUUCUACCUCUCACCAUAACAAUUAUGACCAUCAUCAAAUGGAUAGAGCCAUUCAGUCAUCCCUUCCCUCCUUGGUUAAUGAAUCUCACAAUGUGGAUCCCAUGAGUAGAUGGAUGAUAAACAAUCCAAAUGGACCACAUCAUUUCUUGCCAAAAAAUGACGGAGAUUAUGGUCCCUUUGACACGUACAAUAUAGAUGGAAUGUCCGAUUACGAAACAACUGAUUUUGGUUUCCAACACACACCAGAAUCUAGUGUAGCAGGAGAGACAGAUUACUGUUCCAAGUUUUGGAGCACCACCUACAUGGAGUAGCACAACUGACCAGAGCAAUAGCUCGUGUACUAGUGCGAGAUCAAGUAGUAUCAGUUCCUCAGAUGGGUACUGCUAUGCUGAAGCUGAUUUUGCUAGUGCUGUGGCCAGAGC